AUGACUAAUGACUUAACCGAUCUUGUGCCCUCGGCCUAUACGUGGGGCUCUCGAGGACCUUCACCCGAUGGAGACUUGGGACUUACUGUCGCCGCCUGUGGAGCCGCCGUGGCUGACGUUGCGGCGUGGAAGUGCAGUGCAUUUGACCUUCUUAACGGAAGCUCAAUGAGCAGUCCCUCAGUAGCUGGAGGUGUUGCUCUGGUACUGUCAGCUCUGCGUCAAAGUGAGCUUAAUCCGUGCCUUCGAGUGCCCUUCAAUUUGUGGCGAUCCGCAAUCUUUGCCUGCUCCAAGCCCCUCCCUCAUCUCUCCCCCUUGGAGCAAGGGGCUGGACUCUUUCAGGUGGGGGCCACUUACGAGUUUCUGCGGGACAUCAUUAGGUGCGUGCCCAAACCAACUCCACCAGCACCACUGUCACAGAUUAAUCACAUAGAGUCGCUACGAGCUCCAGAGACAGCGUCAGCUCAGCUUAGCCGAUUUUCUGGUUGGUGGCUGAGCUGUCAUGUCAGUGGUCCUGGAUGCAUUGUGGAGAACUCUAGAGGUCUUCACAGUCGAGGAAUUUGGCUUCGACGAGGUUGGUUGCCGUUCUCCCAUGACUACAAUGGUGGCUAUCAGUCCCUGCCUCCCAAAAUGUCCUACACUAUCCAUCUGGAACCAAAAUUCAGCAAUACAAUUUCAGCAGAGUUUCGGCGCAAUUUCAGCCUGAAUCUCAGCGUACAAGUGGGAUAUCAGCGUUCCAACACUGGCGACAAUGUAGAGCAUCCAAAUUGGUUGCAUGUCGCACCCUUCGUGAUGCUAGCCAGUCGCAGUCGUACUUUGCCCCUUUUCAUCGAUCCUGCCGCCUUCAAGGAGGCGCCCACAGAGGUCGUGGAACUCAACCCUCCAUCACGGGUGUACCAUACUUGUAUCGCUUUUGCCAAUGCAGAGUCGACACAAUGCGAGCUGCUCGCUCUUCUUCCCAUUACAAUUCAGUUGCCUGCAGUAACCCGCUUCGACGUUUAUAAUGGGGUGCAUAGCUUUGGGUUGUGCGGUGAUUUCUCGUACACUCAGAAGGUCUGCCGAUGGUUUGUUCGCAUUCCUCGUGGCUCUACGGCUGGAGUUCUACGACUUCGUCGUGUGGACUCAGAUGGUGAUGUUCCUUGUAUGUUUACCAUCUCCGUCGUACAACCAGCACCUCUGGGAAGCGCGCAAGGUACAGGCUACGAGGUGGUGCACCGACGAAUCAACCUCGUCAGUCGCACAGCCGGCGGCGUAGGCCUGACGGGACGCAACGACCCGCCACCCGCCUAUGAGGCCGCUUCUGCUGACUUUGUCUUCGCCUUUGCCAUAGAAUGGGUGUGCGAUUGUGUGGAGGUAACCGUAGCCCAACAUCAUGGCUGUGAUACGCCAACCGCCUGUCGUAUCAGUGGACGGUUAGAAUUUCAUGGGUUGGAAGUGAGACCAGAAAAGCUUGUCUUUCACUCCUCUCAAACAUACUUUCCCAUUUCUUUGCGCUCAAAUUUCGGCCUUGAAAAUAUCAAAUUGGAUCUUGAAUCGAAGUACUGGAUACAGCCUGUCAGGUGA